AUGUCAAAGCGGUUUCGGGAAAACCGGUAUGAUGAGCGUGGUAGUAGGGGAAGAUAUGAUAGUGGGAGUGUUCAGCUGAAUUACGACGAUGAGGAAGAAGGUGGGAGUGAUCGGGUUGAGGAGGAAUUGGCGACAGGAGACUCUGGUCGGGGUGGGCGAGGGAGUGAAAAGAAGAGUAGGAAGAGGAAGAAAGGGGCAAAUGGGUUUGAUGACAAGUCUGAAGGUGCUAAUACUGCUGGAGAGAUUGAUCUGGAUGCAGGUCAGAGAUCUGUGUUUCCGGGAAUACCGCAGAAUAUCAGUGCUCCGAGUGCUGGAGGACCGCCGCUGAGUGCUCUGGAGUAUAUUCAGAGCGUGAGGUUCGAGGCGAGAUCAAGGCCGUCGGUUGUGAGCGUGGUACCGGCUGCUGUUGGUGAUGAUUUGGAGUCGGUAGAGAACAUGGAGAUCAAUGGAAUGGAGUGUGAAGAGCUUGAUCCAACGACUGAUCAUAUCAGUCAUGGGAGUGUGGUGGAAGCUGUGGUGGACGUUGAGAAAACCAGCGCUGUAUCAGUUGUAUCUCCGGUAGGGAUUGAUCUGGAAUGGCAUACUGAAUUUAGUGAGAAAAUGAAAUCGAUACGAGAGGUAUGGUCUGCUGACGAGUCUCGUGAGGGUCAGGCAGGUGGAAAGACUGCUGCAUCGACAACUGCGAAACCACAGUCUUUGAAAGAAUGGAGACUGUAUUUGAUGAACUGUCUUCCUACUCCCUUGAAUGUGCGGUCUGUCAGUCUUCCAGACGCACUAUUCAUAUUAAGUCAUUGCCACAAGUGGAUGACACCUAAUCUGGCACCUGAAUUGUCAAGGUGGGUGUUUGCUCUUCUGACUCGUCUCCCACCAGUUCUUAACGGCGAUGAUAUAUCUUUGUUACGAGAAGCUGCUAGAAAAACUCACAUUGCUAGAAAUGACCAGCAACGAUCGCCUGAUGCUGCUACCAAGUUCACUGCAGACAUUAUCAGUUCGGUGGCUGCCUCUUUUUACGGGCAGACUGAUUUGUUAUAUGGUUGA